AGGAGCACGAGCACGAGAGCGCAACGCAACAGAGGAGAGAGAGAGAAGGAAACAGCAGCGGCCACGAGGCCACCACCAGCGAGUGAGAGAGAACAGAGGAGGCGCCGGCGCGCCGCGGCGGAGCGAGCAGCGAGAAGGAGCUAGCUAGCUAGCUAGGCGGGCAAAGGUGCCGAGAAAGAAGACGAUCUCGACAACAAUGGGGGAAGCUCCGCCUCCGUGCGUCAUCGUCGUGCCGCGGCGCGCCACCGCGCACUCGUUCCGCCUGCCCCGCCACGGCCGCCGGAAGAAGGUCCACGUCGUCCGGCUCGGCGGCGGCGGCGGCGGCGAAGGGCGCCGCUACGGGCGCGGGCUCAGGCUCCGUCGGUGGCUGCGGCGCGCGGCGUGGCGCCUCGCGGAGCUCUGCGUGGCGGCGCUGUCGGGCCAGGGCCUCCCGGGGGCGCCGCCCAGGCCCAGCGCGGCGCACCACCCGCCGUGGACCGGCGUGGAGCCCUACUUCGCCGCGCCCUUCGUCCCCGUCGCGCGGAUGAAGCGCGCCGGAGCGCAUGCCUAGCCUAGCUAGCUCGCCGUGCGCGCGCCACGGUCACGCAGUUACAUCCAUCCAACCAAUGCCGAACACGUACACCGGUGUGGUAGCCACAGUCAUGUAGGGCAGGCAGGACAGGGGCUGUCGCUGUGGUGUCCGUUCCGUUCCAUCCAUGGUCACCUUCCAUUCUUUUGUUCCGUGACCAUCCCUCCAUUCUGCGGCUCCUGAAAAACACACAGCAAGGAAGCAUCAAGCAGGGUAGUGUUUGUAGUACGUACUGCGUGCUGCAGCUCCAAUCAUGAGCGCCAUAGAUUGUUUUUGUUUUGGACCCAUUCCAUUCAUAUGUAGGUUAAUAACUAGACAAAUGUACUAGCUCACCGUGCUAUGGCAUAUACUCCAGUGACUGUACUUAAAUUUGUACUGCUGCUGUCUGCUACUGAUAACUAAUGAAUAUGUUACUACUGUCAA